AGCUAACGUCCUCCAUUAAUCUGUGUUGCGUACACAUAUGGCGUAUCCACAUAAAACCACACCCAACACUAAUGGUAAUCAACUAAUACUAGGACCAGAAAUUCUUAGUCGAGUCUUUCAAUGCCUCAGCAGGAUAAGCAUCCAAAGAUGCUCUCUGGCAUGUCGCGAGUGGCAUACCAUAGCACGUCCGGUGGUCUUCCGAAAAAUAAUUAUCAAAAACGAGAAGAAGUACUUACGCGUUAACAACCUUCUUGAAGAGCAGCCAGAGGUCUGUAGUUGGAUCAAAGAGUUAUGCUUCGACAAUAUGCUGGAUGACUCGGACAGCGCCGCCAUAUCCACCCCAGAGUGGGUAUAUGCGUUUGCUACACAAUUAGCUCCCAAAAUGAAGAGAUUGGAGUGCCUCGAGUUUGUUGGACUUGAAGAACUCGAAAGAGAUAGAGUCUUCCCCUUCAUCACUGGAUUACAGGUUCUGUCUUCGAUACGUACUCUGCGCUUCGUCGACUGCGCGCUCUCUAGCAAUUGCUUGCUCGCCGUAGCGUGUUCAUUUUCGAACCUUGUUACUCUUUCCAUUAUCCAGCCUUCCAUAUUUUUUGACACCGACAGCACUCCGCGUCCCGCGCUUCCUAAACAUCACCAGCUUCGCCUAACCGCCUUCAAAUACCACGACUAUGAUGAUAGAAUAGACGACGAGGACAAAAACCUAUUGAAGUCAUUACUCGCGGAGCUCCAUUCUUCUGGUUCCCUGCAAACCUUGCGGUGUCUUGAUUUCGAUAUCAAGGACCGCUUAACGUUACCACAGGUCGGCAGGCUGCUGCAAGAGGUCGGACCUUCUUUUGAAGACUUUACUCUGAAGCUCCCGAUGUCACUCAAAAUUUGGGGUAAGGAUCGAGGACAAGCAGAAUUCAAGAGACACCUGAACUUCUCCUCAAUGAAGAGCUUGCGUUCGCUUCGAUUUGAAGACAUCAAACACCCUGUAACCCUAGAUCUCCUCAAGACACUUCCCAAGCCUAUCGAACUUCGUCGACUUACCUUCGGAAUCGAGUUCAACCACGUAGCGUCUCUUCGUAAUAAAGAUUACGCUCAGCUGGACGAAUUCCUUUCCAGCGAACAUUUCUCCAGUAUGACCGAGGUCUGGUUCGACUACAAAGGUGUUCUUGACGACAACACCGUUAGGAAGAAGGUCGGACGUGCUUUCAAAGGCCUGGAUAAGAGGGGCAUGCUGGGAGUAUCCAAAGUUGUGCGAGAGUAUUCAUAUGUUUUGGGGCUUUUAUCGGGUUUGGGUACAGACGACGAAACGUGAUGUUUUCCACGUCUGUAGCGUUUGGAUGUUUCUUGUGAUACAGCCUCGCUGCUUCGUCGCACCAAUACCAUGCAUAUAGUCACCGAGUUGUUGGCAAUCCUCAAUCACCGUACCCACGGGACACUUCCAAAUUAUUAUCUGUGUUCUCUUCGGUGUUACUGAUAUCUCAUUCUUUCGGCGACAGUUCGUUCACGACAUCGUCUUUUUAUUUUAUUUUAGCUAUGGCAUUGGCAGACAAGCGGCAUUUCAAGAGUGAUGCGUUGGUACAAUUGUUACUCGAUCACGUUGAAACCAUCAGGAUGCUGAUUUUGAUGAUGUUGGCUUCAUCUUCUGGAUGAAUUUGAAGACCUGUAUGCACCACACGAUCAGCUAGAGUAGAUAUCUCCCCUGUAGACGUGUCUUACUUUUAUCAGCGUU